UUAGGUUUUUCUUUUUCAAUAGAAAUCAUAAAUAAGUAUGGCGGCUUCUAGAAAUGCAAUCAAAAAGGAUGUACAAUCAAAGAAAAUAACCCGAUCUAUCAAUGGCCACCAAACUGACAUUGUGGCACAGAAAUUUUCAAACCGAAUUUUUAUAGUUAUAUCGCAGUGUGACAGCUUUGGAAGUUUAAUUGACAUUGCUAGAGACAAUCCAGACGACAUGAGACCUGAGAAUGCUGAAAUUGUAUGUUCAGUCCAUUUUUUAAUGGGAAUGGAAGACAAUGUAUGCAAGGCUUUAGCAAGAAAACUAGCCUGUAUUGUAUUCAGAGAUUCAGAUUUGCCAAUACUUUUGUCCGUAGCCUUAAAAGACAAAUCCCUGAAAAGUUUUAAAGACAUAAUCGAAGCAGUAGAACUGGUAAAUGUUUGGGAAUUUUGAUGUAAUACGUGUUGAAAUGCAACGCAAAAGGUACUGCUACUGUAACUGGAACACUCACAAGAAUUUGUUAAUGCAGUUCAAUUUCUGUCAAAGUGAUAUUUUAUUUGGACAAACAAAAUUUAAACAAUUUUGGAAAAUUACGUGCUUUGUGCAGUUUUUAUAAUUUUGUUUAAAAAAUUAGUUUAUAUUGGCUGCAUGUAAAAAACAUUGAUUUCAGAGACUUUGAUUUUUCAGUU